GGCAGUUUGUUGUCAUCUUCGUCCAGUAGUGAACCGUUACGAUGUGUUGGCACGUAGCCCCUUAUUCUCCCAUUUUUUCUAUCCAUGUGUUUACUUUGCAUGUGUGAAUUAAUGCCAGCAUACUUUAGACAGCUUACAAGCCAUGUGAAAAAACUGAAACCGUUAGAAGAAACCGUUAACGAAAUAUCUGGCCGCGACGGUUAUAGUUCAUUGGCAACAUACAACCAUGGUGGUGGUUGUGGCAAGUUGGUGGCGGAUGACAAGCAAGACGGGAUAGUUGAAUUCGGCGCCUUUGGAGGAAGAUGGGUGUGUGCGGAUAGUAUUAUUAUUCAUCUCUUGGACCAAGUAGAGGACGUACAGCGUCAGGUUAAAUGUAAAGUUGAAAGUCGACCCGCAGGAGAAAGGGGUAGUCCCCGCCCCGGAGGGAGAAGAGGAUGAGGAGGCAUGACGUCUCGAUUCAUGUUGGUAUCUUAGUUUUUGUAUAGAGUUAGAUGUGUUCAAAGCAGGGAGGGGAACUGUGGCAGAGUGGGUGGGAACAACAGGAGUAUUUGCGGAAAGCAUGACUGCUAUUUUAGCAUAAAGUCUCUGCCAGCGCUGCCGACAGCUCUCUCCAGUCUUCCCAGUCAGGUGAAUCCUUCCCCAGUCUGGAGAACAGGCUUUCUUAAUCCAGUUUGAGCCGGAGAGGAUGGGCCAACAGACAAAUCCUACUCAUCCUACCUUUGAAGAUAUUCUGUACUUGGAGAGGAAGACCUCAUCACAUGCCUAAACUGGUCCCUAAUAGGGCUGCAACUGGCUGUCCUCUCAUCUCUACGCCACAGUUCUACUUUGCUGCUGUAAGGUGGAGCAGCCUCACUCUGCCUGGGAAGCAGUGACAAACAGACGGAUAGACUGCCCUGUGAAGUGUUCUCCUUUUCAUGGAUGCCAGGGUGGCCCUGCUGCACGUAUGGACAGUCCUUGUCCUCCUGUCAGCAAAGCUGAAGUGGAUUGACGCUGCAGAGGUCUACACCAACACCUGGGCUGUCCAGAUCAAUGGGGGGCCAGAGGAGGCUGACCGCAUCGCCAGGGAACACGGUUUCAUCAACCACGGCAACGUUUUUGGAGAUUAUUAUCACUUCAGGCAUCAUGCUGUGGAGAAGAGGGCUUUGUCUGGCCACAGGGGGAUGCACAUCAAACUGCAAAAAGAACCACAGGUUCUGUGGGCGGAGCAGCAAGUGGUGAAAAAAAGGAAAAAAAGGGAUAUCUAUGAAGACCCAACAGACCCUGAUUUCCCCAAGCAGUGGUAUCUGUCCACCCCGACACAAGACCUGAAUACCAAAGUAGCAUGGGCUCAAGGCUACACAGGAAGAGGUGUAGUAGUGACUAUCCUGGACGAUGGCAUUGAGAAAGACCAUCCCGACCUAUCCAGCAAUUUUGACCCUGAGGCCAGCUAUGAUGUUAAUGACGGAGACGCUGACCCCCAACCAAGAUACACCCAGCGGAACGAGAACAGACAUGGAACACGAUGUGCAGGAGAAGUCGCAGCUUCAGCCAACAACGGUGUGUGUGGUGUAGGUGUGGCCUAUAAUGCUAAAAUCGGAGGAGUUCGUAUGUUGGAUGGGGAGGUGACGGAUGUGGUGGAGGCACAUUCUCUUAGCCUCAACCCUCAGCACAUCCACAUUUAUAGUGCCAGCUGGGGCCCAGAAGACGACGGCAAGUCACUGGACGGCCCUGCCAAGCUGGCUAAGGAAGCUUUUCUCCAGGGAAUCACCAAGGGACGUGGCGGCCUAGGCUCCAUCUUUGUGUGGGCCUCGGGUAACGGUGGCCGGGAGCAGGACAGCUGCAACUGUGACGGCUACACCAACAGCAUUUACACCCUGUCCAUCAGCAGCACCACGCAGUCCGGCAACGUGCCGUGGUACAGCGAGCCCUGCUCUUCCACCCUCGCUACCACCUUCAGUUCUGGAAACCCGGGGGAGAAACAGAUAGUGACCACAGACCUGAGACAAAAAUGCACAGACUCUCACACAGGGACGUCUGCUUCGGCCCCACUGGCUGCUGGGAUCAUCGCUCUAGCUCUGGAGGCCAAUAUGAACCUGACGUGGAGGGACAUGCAGCACCUGGUGGUGAGAAAGUCCCAGCCCGCACACCUUAGCGCCGGAGACUGGAAGACCAACGGAGUGGGACGCAGAGUGAGUCAUUCGUACGGUUAUGGGCUCCUGGAUGCAGGGGCCAUGGUGGCAUCGGCACAGAACUGGACCACAGUCGGGCCACAGCAUCAGUGUGUUCACAACAUGCUUGCAGAACCGAGAGACAUUGGGAACAAGCUGGUGUUCAGCAAGAGCGUGGAUGCCUGCUGGGGACGACCGGAGUAUGUCAGCUCUCUGGAACAUGUUCAGGCUCGCCUCACUCUCUCCCACAACCAGAGAGGAAAAUUGGCCAUUCAUCUCAUCAGCCCACUGGGCACACGCUCCACCCUGCUGUUCCCCAGGCCCAAUGACUUCUCCUCAGAGGGAUUCACCGAUUGGGCCUUCAUGACCACACACUCAUGGGACGAGGAUCCUCAAGGGGAAUGGACGCUGGAAAUAGAAAACGUAGCAGCUAAUGAACGUGACUAUGGUGUGUUGAGUCAGUUCACUCUCAUCCUGUGGGGUACUGGACCCAGCGUUAUUAACCCCUCCUCAUCUGAUUUCCCUCGGCCGUCCAACAACAGCUGCAAGACCUUCGAUGCCCAGCAGAUUUGUAUCGAAUGCAGCCCCGGCUUUUCCCUCUUCCUCCAGGGUUGUUUGAAGUUGUGUCCGCCAGGCUUCACCUCAGGGCCGCAGCUCCUCAACCUCUCCCUGGAGAACUGGGUGGACUUGUCCUCCGUCCAGGCCUGUCUGCCCUGCCACCCCGCCUGCCUCACCUGCUCUGGCACCGGGCCUACAGACUGCUUGUCCUGCCCGCCUCACAGCCACCUGGUCCUCACAUCCUGCCUGCACCAGAACCAGGUGCAGCGUAAAUCCCCAUUAGCUGGGGAGCUCCAGGGGGACGGUGCCCAGCCAGAGGGGGAGAUCCCAGGAGCAGCAGCAGGCGACAGCAAAGAAGGCGAGGAACCUCCGGGGCUUAGCAUAGCUCCAUCCACUCAGCUGCCUGCCAUCGUGGCCGUGCUGAGUUGUGCCUUCAUUCUGGCUGCCUUCGUCGGGGUCUUCCUCUUGCUGCAGAUGCGCUCAGGUGGAGCUUCUUUGGGCUGGAGGACCAAACUGCCCUCUGUGUAUUCAGAGAUGAGGGGGGUGCGGGUGGGCUUUGGUUUUGGCUUCGGCCAAGGACGGGAGAGGAAGGCACGGGUAUGCUACAAGGGGAUCCCCACUGUGUGGGGGGAUGAGGACAUGAUCGCCUACCAGUCUGAAUCAGACAGCGAGGAAGUGGACGGUCAAAGCGAGCGGACAGCUUUUAUCAAGACGCAGAGCUCCAUCUAGCUGAAUCUGCUGGAUGUCCUGGGUGUCAUCAGUAUUUAGAUCUGACUACAUGAAGGAGACUCACACAGGCUCAGUAAAAACACAAAACGCAGGCCUUACUGUCUCACCCCAUUCAAAUGCAUUAAAGAGUCAAUCAUUAGUUUUUUCAUGUAUUUAUUUACAUUUGUUAAUUUAUCGUAUUUGACUCAAUAUUUUGAUGUCAGAUGUAUUUAUUAUGCACAUGACUCUUUGUCACCAAUUUAAGGUGUAAGUUAUGCAAGUGUUUUACUUAAAGGACCCGUGUGCAGAAUUUAGUGGCAUCAUCUAACGGUGAGGUUAUAGAUUGCAACCAUCUGAAUACCGCUUGCCCUACCCUCCCCUUCCAAGCAUGUGGGAGAACCUGUGGUGGAACAAAAAACAUGAAAAGCUCUCAAGAGCUAGUAUCUGGUUUGUCCAUUCUGGGCUACUGUAGAAACAUGGCAGUGCAACAUGGCAGACUCAUGGAAGAGGACCCAGUCUCUCUGUAGGUAUAAGGGCUCAUUCUAAGUCAACAAAAACACAGUGAUUCUUAUUUUCAGGUGAUUAUACAUUAAUGAAAACAUAUGUAUGAAUAUAUUAUUUCCAUUUCUGCGAUACUCUGCCAGUAGAGCACCCUAAAUCUUACACACUGGUCCUUUAUUUUACUAUAAGGACCUGUCUGACCAUAUUUUGUCAAAUUUAUCAAAGGGAUAUACAGAAAUGUAGUAUUGCACUUCUUUAAAGACAGAUUGAUUUUAAAUAGUAAAAAUCAAUGCAGUAGACUCCUAAUUUUCCUGAAUAUUAGCAAGAGUAGGUCAAGCCCCCAAAGCCAUGAUUCCUACGUUUCCCAUAAUGCAACAAGAUAGCAUCAUUCAUUAGAGCUUCCCAGCUAAAUUAAUGCCAUGUCUUUUCAAACUUCACACCCCCACUUUCUGGAAUACAUCUUGUAAUCUCGGAGCCCAACAACCAAUCAGAGCCCAAAAUACCAAUGACUUCAUCAGGGUUAUUUUUUCAGACUUGUCAAUGCUCCUACAGAGCUACAGAAGACAUUAUCCAACUGUUUCCACAGGUUAAGAAGGUUGAAAAGUACUCUGUAAGGAGUGAAUUUGACCUGUGAAAUGGGAAGCGUUGCCCCUCUAAACCUAGUAGAGUGCAUUACUUUCCCAAAUAUGCAUCUGCUUUGUCCCCAGACCCUUGGCCCCUGACACAGGCAGAGCUUUCAUGAAUUGCUGUUAUAUUUUAUCAGAUUCCUGGCAGAUUACGGGCCGGGCGCCGUGAAGUUGACACGCGGUUCAUUAAUAGUAAGAAAACUUUAAAUUGAAGAUUCCUGCAGCUACUGGCACGGCAUAAUAAAACAUCCCGCUGGCUGUUUGAUAAGCAAGAGACUGUGGAGGACGCUCCGUUUUCAAUCCAUGCAGUGGGAAUCGGCACCGCAGUGUAGACAUCGGAUAUAUCACUCACAAAAUCUCAUUAACUUGUAGUAGAUUAACAGUGUUUUUGAAUUAAAUUUUAAAAAACACACUUAGCCCGAAGCUGCUUGGCUGACCUUUACAUUCUUUCUAGUGGUUGCUGCUGGUAAGAAAUAAGAUAAUUUUGUCUUCAUUUUCCCCACAGAGCAUAUAUUGAUUUUUAGGGCUUCUCUCCCAGUACGUCCUCAUCAGGGCAAAGCUCUUUCCCUUUGUGCUGUGAGCGCCAUACAUUGAAAGACAAAUACCCGCUUUAUUUCCCAUCUAUAACAGUUGAAUCAAAGCCUUUGGAUCUAGAGGCCAGGAUGGUUACAGUGAUUAAGAAAUUAGAUCUUGUAUCGCGUUUUCUAUGCUUUUUUAUUUAACUGACAAUGGAUGUUAAUAUUGUGGAGACCAGUUUCAUGCUGGAAUAAAAUGACUUUGGCUGUUGCAUA